UUGACGAGAAGCGUAUCAAGAGUUCAGGCUGGAUAUUUAUCUGCCUUGGUUGUAAAAGAUCUGUCGGUGCUGCGUUUGGAGCUGAAGUGGGCUGUCAAGGCAGCUCGUGGCAGUCGCUCUUCCAAAACCUUCAAACCAAAGAAAAAUAUUCCGGAGGGGUCUCACCAGUACGAGCUGCUAAAACAUGCCGAAGCCACGCUGGGAAGUGGUAAUCUUCGGAUGGCCGUCAUGCUUCCAGAGGGUGAAGACUUAAACGAGUGGGUUGCAGUUAACA